AUGCACGAUAGACUAAUCUGGCGCAUGACGUUUAAAAUGGUACUUAUAAAAGAUAAGUCGACUUCUAGAAACAUCGCAGAUCUUAACGUGGCCUGUCUUGGUGCUAUAAAUAUGAAGUUCUUGUUGGUUAUACCGAUGUGCGUGCUGGCUGCCGGCGCUGGUCUCCUCGACGUGGAUGUCGAUAUUUUAUCCGCACCGGAUAAAAUCGAAGCGGAUAACGUAUAUAGCAGUGUCAUCACCGGUGACAUUGACAAAGCUGUGGUCCAAACUUUGGCGCUCAACCUACUAUCAAAAGGAGCCAUCAUCGAAGAUGUCAUCGCCAGGCUCAUUAGAGAUAAAAAGCGAAACAUCUUCGACUAUGCCUAUAAGCUAUGGAAUAGUGAAGGAAAGGAUGUCGUCAAACAACACUUCCCUAUGCAAUUCAGACUGAUCUUUGCCGAGAAUCAUGUCAAGAUCAUCAACAAGAGGGACAAUCUCGCCAUUAAGCUCAGCACUGAGGUGGAUCACCAAAAUGACAGAUCUGCAUUUGGUGACGCGAACGACAAAACCACUGACAACGUCGGCUGGAGGUUUGUCCACUUGUGGGAAAACAACAAGGUUUACUUCAAGAUCGUUAGCGUUGCCCGUAACCAAUUCUUGAAACUGGGUACUGAUGCUGACGAAGCUGGCGACCACAUCGCUUACGGUGCCGACGUGGCUAACACCUUCAGACAUCAGUGGUACCUACAGCCUGCCAAGUACGAAGACGACCUCCUUUUCCUCAUUUACAACCGCGAAUUCAACCAGGUGCUGAAGCUCGGUCGAGUAGUCGACAACAUGGGUGACCGACGUUUGUAUGGACACAAUGGAGAUGUUUCCGGUUCUCCAGAACUCUUCGGAUUCUUCAUUACUCCUUUGUAA